AUGUUGAGUGAUUUUCUUCCAUUUUUGUUGAUGGUUUUGGUUCAAGCUGGGUAUGCGGGCAUGAACAUUACUUCAAAAUUGGCCUUGGACGCCGGCAUGAAGCCUCUUGUUCUUGUCACUUACCGGCAAAUUUUUGCCACUUUCGCUAUUCUCCCCUUUGCCUAUUUCUUGGAGUGGAAAACCAGGCCAAAGAUCACAAAGUCCAUUGUUUUCCAGAUUCUCUUGUGCUCUCUUACUGGCGCCACCGGGAACCAGGUGCUUUACUUUAUUGGACUAGCGUAUUCCACCCCAACAAUCGGAUGUGCAUUGACAAAUUUACUACCAGCAGUCACUUUUAUCCUCGCAGCCAUUUUCGGGCAAGAAUUUGUUAGAAUCAAGACGAGACCAGGGCAAGCGAAGGUGUUUGGCACAGCGUUGUGCGUCGGCGGAGCAAUGUUACUGUCAUUUUACAAUGGAAACAUGAUUCCAGUACCUAAUUCAGGCAUUCACUGGAACUAUGCCGACCGGAUGAGCCAACGAAACGCUGGCGGCCAAUCAAACUUGGUCCUGGGUUCCAUUUUACUGAUUGGUAGUGCGGUUUCUUGGGCAGCAUGGAUCGUAAUUCAGACGCAAAUGAGCAAAAAGUUUCCGGCUCCCUACACCAGUACAACAUUGAUGUGUUUCCUGGGAAGCAUUGAGUGUGGCGCGAUUGGCCUCAUCGCUGAACACAAACUUUCUGCGUGGUCACUGAGCUCUCCCAUCUACCUUAUAUCAGCCAUUUACACGGGAGUUGUGUGUUCCGCACUUGCAUUCAGCCUCACAUCCUGGUGCAUUCAAAAGAAAGGUCCUCUCUAUGUCUCAGUGUUCAGCCCGCUGCUGCUCAUUAUCGUUGCGAUUCUCAGUUGGGCUCUGCUUCGGGAGAAACUAUUCGUGGGAACCGCGGUUGGUUCAGUUUUGAUUGUCGUCGGGCUCUAUGCUGUGCUGUGGGGAAAGGAUAAGGAGCUUAAGCUUGACGAACCCAUUAAAGGAACAGAAGCAACGACGAAGCAAGUGAAUAGUUUCGAUAUGGAAAUGCAGCCGGAUGCGAGUGGAAAUGGCACCAACCGUCGGGCUUCAGGUUGA